UGAUGAUUAGCGCAUAACCAGAGUGACACGUUGAAUUCGCCAUAAUCAAGGAAACCUUUUCCGGGUGGGAAUCUCUGAAAUCACUCAGAGAAUGUUCCUAAAGAUGUCCCUCAUGAAAAGGACAAGUUUGGACUUGGCAACAGCAAUUUACUUAAUUUAUCUUAAAUUUGAUUUCAGUGAGCAACCCUAAUUAACCUGAUUUUUUGCUGAUAAUCACUCUCAAUGGAAUCAAAUCACAAAUCCGGGGAUGGAUUGAGCGGCACCCAGAAGGAAGCAGCCCUUCGCGCACUGGUCCAGCGCACAGGAUAUAGCUUGGUCCAGGAAAAUGGGCAAAGAAAAUACGGUGGUCCUCCCCCUGGCUGGGAUGCUGCACCCCCAGAAAGGGGCUGUGAAAUUUUUAUUGGAAAACUUCCCCGAGACCUUUUUGAGGAUGAACUUAUACCAUUAUGUGAAAAAAUUGGUAAAAUUUAUGAAAUGAGAAUGAUGAUGGAUUUUAAUGGAAACAAUAGAGGAUAUGCCUUUGUAACAUUCUCAAAUAAACAGGAAGCCAAGAAUGCAAUCAAGCAACUUAAUAAUUAUGAAAUUAGAAAUGGGCGUCUCCUAGGGGUGUGUGCCAGUGUGGAUAACUGCCGAUUGUUUGUUGGGGGAAUUCCAAAAACCAAAAAGAGAGAAGAGAUCUUGUCAGAGAUGAAGAAGGUAACCGAAGGAGUUGUCGACGUCAUUGUCUACCCAAGUGCUGCAGAUAAAACCAAAAACCGAGGCUUUGCCUUCGUGGAAUACCAGAGUCAUCGGGCAGCUGCCAUGGCCCGGAGGAAACUUCUACCAGGAAGAAUUCAAUUAUGGGGACACCCAAUUGCAGUAGACUGGGCAGAACCAGAAGUAGAAGUUGAUGAAGACACAAUGUCUUCAGUGAAAAUCCUGUAUGUAAGAAACUUAAUGCUGUCUACCUCCGAAGAAAUGAUUGAAAAAGAAUUCAACAAUAUCAAACCAGGUGCUGUGGAGAGGGUAAAGAAAAUCCGAGACUAUGCUUUUGUGCACUUCAGUAACCGAGAAGAUGCAAUUGAGGCUAUGAAAGCUUUAAAUGGGAAGGUGCUGGAUGGUUCCCCCAUUGAAGUGACCCUAGCCAAACCAGUGGACAAGGACAGUUAUGUUAGGUACACCCGAGGCACAGGUGGAAGGGGCACCAUGCUGCAAGGAGAGUACACCUACUCUUUGGGCCAUGUUUAUGAUCCUACCACAGCCUACCUUGGAGCUCCUAUCUUCUAUGCUCCCCAGGCCUAUACAAUUCCUAGCCUUCAUUUCCCAGCCACCAAAGGACAUCUUGGCAACAGGGCCAUUAUCCGAGCCCCUUCUGUAAGAGAAAUUUACAUGAAUGUACCUGUAGGGGCUGCGGGAGUGAGAGGACUGGGCGGCCGUGGCUAUUUGGCAUACACAGGCCUGGGUCGUGGAUAUCAGGUCAAAGGAGACAAGAAAGAAGACAAACUCUAUGAUCUUUUACCUGGGAUGGAACUCACCCCCAUGAAUCCUGUUACCUUAAAACCCCAAGGAAUUAAACUUGCUCCCCAGAUAUUAGAAGAAAUCUGUCAGAAAAAUAACUGGGGACAGCCAGUAUAUCAACUGCACUCUGCCAUUGGACAAGAUCAAAGACAACUAUUCUUAUACAAAAUAACCAUUCCUGCGCUGGCCAGUCAGAACCCUGCAAUCCACCCCUUCACACCUCCGAAGCUAAGUGCCUAUGUGGAUGAAGCAAAGACAUACGCAGCCGAGUACACCCUGCAGACCCUGGGCAUUCCUACUGAUGGAGCUGUUGCUCCGACUGCGGUGGCUACUGCUGCUUCUGCUACUGCUUUUCCAGGAUAUGCUGUCCCUAACGCUGCCGCACCUGUGUCCGCAGCCCAGCUCAAGCAAGCCGUGACCCUCGGACAAGACUUAGCGGCGUACACAGCCUACGAGGUCUACCCUACUUUCGCAGUGACUGCCCGAGGGGAUGGAUAUGGAGCCUUCUGAAGAUAUCUCUUUUUUUUAAUUUUAAAAAUAAGACACAAAACUCUAUGUAGAAAAAAUAAACCUCUAACUCAGUCCCCUAAUGACCACACGUUAUACUUUUCCUCACGUGAUGCCUUUCCUGAGACUGUGUGGCUUAUACUAACUGUAGAAUCGUGAUAGGAGAACAGUACUCCUAGUGCAAUCAAAUGUUAAGGAGCCUUUUCUCUAACAGAAAAGAGCCACUGCCCCCAAAAGUUGUUCUUCCAAGGUUCCUGAGUGUCUCUGGAGUAUGUUUGCACGCCCUGACAGAGCGGAGGAAGACCUUUUAGCCUGCAGGAGUUCAAGGGCAGUCAGUAACAACAAAGAGAGUCAACUCGAGAAUGUUAACUCUGCUUGCAGCCUGCUUUGUGAUACCCAAAGCACAAAAGGCAGAGGAAGGUGAAAGGGUGCUUUUCAAAACAUGUUCCCCAUUACCCACUACGUGGGGCAUGUUCACAGGCUAGAGCUUGGGAGAGAUUGUCUGAGGUUUGAUGAAGUCAGCAUUACUGUAGUCUAAAAAUUCCAUCCAGCUAUUUUGUCAUAGGUCAGGAUCUUCCUGUUCCCUGCAGUCCCAGGGGACUUCCUGGAAAUUGAUGUGGUGUCUUGCAGACAUGAUUAAAGCAAUCUAGGCCUAUUGUUUAUUAAACUCACUAGCCCACCUCUUUUUUCCCAGAUGUCCUGCCCUCCCCAAGGAUCCCCACAACACGACCAUUCCGACUUGAAAUGAUGUUUUCCAUUUUAAGCAUUUGACAUAUCCAUAUACAUUUAUUUUUAUUUCAGUCUCAUUUUGCUCUUCUCUAAUAUCUUUAAAAAAGUAAAUGACAUCUAUAGACUAUCACCUAUGAUACUUUUGGCUAUUCGGCAAAUUGGCUGACAUGCUAUUUCAAACAAAGAGAGAAGUGAAGAUUUACUCUCACUUCUUCGAUCUUUUUGCCAUGCCCAGACCACCAUCCAGCAUUCAGAGAAAGUCAUAUUAACUUGGUUCAGACUUGGACUGUUUAACCUGCUUAUAUAAAAUCUGCCAAGAAACCCUCUACCCUCUUUUUGUUUUACUUCCAAUAAGGAUCAGACAGCUUUGCCAUACCUGAGUGCUUUGGUCUUAGAGACAUCACAGGAAAUCCUUCCACCAUUGCUGCUGAUUAGAAGCUGAUCCUUCAGACACUCAGCAAGGGUGGCAUUUAGCAAAGCCCCCGGAGCUGGGGUCCUCUCCUCCAGGAACAUCCGAUAGGGGUAAGGGUGCUACAAAAACUGGAGUGGAGGGGAGUAGAGGACACUGCUCACCAUACUUGUACAUGACAGCUUUUUGUUCAAAACAGAAAUAAUCGAAUUGCAACAGCCAAAUAUCUAUUACUACUUCUCAAGUCUCAUUAGUGGUUUACGACAUAACAGUGCUACAAUUUCCAUUUUAAAAAACCCCUUGGUCCUUGUAAAAUUCUACUGGACUCAAGGGACAACUUAAAUAGAAAGGCAUUAAAAAACUGUCAACUCUUCAAUGUAAUUCCAUGAACCAAAAUCAAGCCAGAUUCCAAUCAAAAGCAGACAAAUUCCAAUCACAAAAGUCCUUGUCACCUUUCAGUUCUAUGAGCUCCAAUCAGAUGUGAAAGGCCUCAAUGCUAGAGUUGAAACUCUGACAGGCCUUGUGUGUUUAGCUCCACAUUUUCCUUCCCAGAUUCCUGAGGACAGUGUUUCCCAAACUUGCCCGCACAUUAGAAACACCUGGAGAGCUGGCACUCCCAAGGUCACGCCUCAUACCAAUUACAUUGGGGUGUCUUGGGGUCAGUAUUGGGGGCAUAUUUUUUAAAGACCCUUAGGUGAUUUCAAUGUGCAGCUAAGGUUGGGAAAUGCUAUAUUCUUCAUAUUUUCACUCUGGCCCUUAAUUUUUUUUCUUUCUAUUUGACUUCUUUAAAAUAGAAUGAAAAAAAAAUUGUCUAAGUUAAAACAAAUAGCCAAAUCAAAUUCUUACACAUACUCAUCUUAUCAAGGUGUGAAGUUGAAUAUAAACCAUAUUGGCUACAAACUAACUCUUGAGCCAAACUAAUUCUAAAAAUAAGAAAGUGAAAAAUUCCUCCUUAAGCAAUUCAUAGGUCCAAAUUUAUACUUCCCCACAGACCAGCUUUUACUCAGCAAGAAUAAUUAUAUUAGGGGGCCCAUGAAUUCCUACUCAGUCCCUAAAAAAAAUUCCAAAUUCCAAGAGCAUAAGUUUUAAUGCUCUUUAAAAUCUUUAAAAGUAAAUGGAAAAGGCAGUCUGUAUGUCUAACAAGUGCAAAAUGGAAGGUUACACCCCAGUGAAGAUUCAAUUUAAUUGAAAUGAACAAUUAGUAAAUAUACGAAUCUCUUCAUUCUAAAAAUCAUUAUUCCAGAUUAAAUCAUAAUCACUUCUUGAAAAUAUUGAGAGUAAAAACUUAAGCAUACAAUAAUACAAAAGUAUCAAGAAAAUGGCCAUUGGAACACCAUCUCAUUACUUGCUUCAGGAGGAACACAAGUAUUUAUUACAUUUGCAUCCUGAGGACUGAUUUUAUUCAAGUGAGUAGAUGUGGUUUUACUUUUUGUUGAAAUGUUACUUCACUCUAGUAAAAUUUAGAGCAUAUUUCAAAUUCUAUUAGAGCAUAUUAAUAGAAAGUGUCAAAGUGUCUCACAUGUCAUGUGUUUGCAUUACGCUGCCCUAGGUAACCAAUGUAGAACAAGUCCUCCUAUGAGUUUGAAACUUUAAAAAAAUGGGAUUUUGAAAAUCAACUGUAGAACCAUAUUUUACUUUGCAUGAUGACUAUAUAUUUUUGGACUUCAGAAAUUUGUACUUAUUUAGUACCUAUCAUAGCUUGUGUAUCAUGCCAAAUGUAUGUGUGCUAUAUAUUUUGUUUAGUUAUUUCUUACAUUCUUGCUUCCUAGAAAAAAUUCAUCACAGAAAAAAGUUAAAAUGAGUCAGCCAACCAAGCAAUAAUAACAAAAUAUUUAACUAAUAACUUAAAAACAGCUAGUAAAUUAGCAUUGGAUUUCUAAAUUUUGGUACUUAACAGCUUACCGAGGAUUAAAAUCAGCCGAUGCUACUUAGGAGGAAAUGGAACAACAGCAGUGAGAGCAGAUAUCUAUUUUCCUACCUGUAAAAAUGCUGCCUCUUCCCGAAUUGUUGUACUUACCCACCACCCCAUUAGUAUAACUUGAAGACCACCUUUAACUGCAACAAAAUGUAAUUCUCCUGGAUGACUAGGUUUGCCCUCCCACCCCUCCCCAAACCUGGCAUCAUGCCAAACCACACUGUUUGGGCGAC